GGAGGCGCAGUCCGCUGUAGUGCUGCAGUGGGCGGAUUGAGAUAUCCACCACCCAACUUUUAGCGGGUUUUGUUUGUUUUAAACUCCACUUUCUGACUAGACUAUGCAGCGGGAGCGCUUGUUGAAGGUGCUAGUUGUAGGGGAUCUGGGUGUAGGGAAGACGGCCAUCAUCAGGCGCUAUGUGCACCAGGUUUUCUCUCAUCACUACCGAGCCACCAUCGGAGUGGACUUCGCGCUCAAAGUGCUGCACUGGGACCCGGGCACCGUCAUCCGCCUCCAGCUGUGGGACAUCGCCGGACAGGAGCGAUAUGGCAACAUGACUCGUGUGUACUACCGUGAAGCAGUAGGGGCGCUGGUGGUCUUCGACAUGACCCGAGCCUCCACUUUCCAAGCUGUACUUAAAUGGAAAGGUGACCUGGAUGCUAAAGUGGCCCUCGGUAAUGGUCACCCAGUGCCAGCUGUCCUGUUGGCGAAUAAGUGUGACCAGCAGAGACUGUGUGCCAAACUACCCAAGCUGGAAAGUUUUUCUAAAGAGCAAGGAUUCGUGGGCUGGUAUGAGACAUCGGCCAAGGAUAACACAAACAUUGACAAAGCCGUCAUGCGCCUGGUUGAGCACAUCAUGGCGAGUGAUGUCGAGAAACCUGCAGAUGACUCAGACCCCAGUCGGGUGAUCCUGCCUACGUCUGACUACAACCUCCAUGAACACAGGCAAUCCACCUGUUCAGUCUGUUCCAGACUGCACACACCUCCCAAAGAGCACGAGCAAUUCUAGCAGCAGAGAAAAUAGACAUAUGUAAAUUACAUUUAUGUAAUGAAAUGCUAUUGGUGAUGACUGUUAUUAUUUAUACCAGCAAUUCUUGUUUAUACAUUCAAUGCACCUUUGCUAUAAACGUGUUCUGAAGAAUCGUCACGGUUUUUGCAUGUAGAUGGUGUUUCACUUUUUGAGCAUCAAAAUGGUCAUGGAAUGACAGUUAAAUGCUUAAAAAGAGGAACUUGUUUUUAAGUUGUACAGUUUUUAGUUUUGCUGAACUAAGCAACACAGCAGGACUGUUGAGGAAACUGAGGGCAAACCAUUAACACCUCUGUCAAAAGCAAAUGUCACCAGUAGAAAAUGCUGCCUUAAGCACCAACAGCACCGUAACAGAGCAGCUAUGUGGGCAAAUGGAUGGGAAAAAAAGAUUAAUAUUUAAUUUAAAAAAUUGAGUGAUGAAUUAUUUAUACAAUGGAUAUAAAAAUUCUAUACACCCCUGUUAAAAUAGCAGGUUUUUGUGAAGUAAAAAAAAAUGAAACUAGGAUUAAUUCUGUCAGAACUUUUUCCACCCUCAAUGUGAAAUUACAACGUAUAAAAAUUAAGUGAAAAACAACCAGAAACCUUUUUUAGGAAAAAAAAGGAAAAAUAAAAAACUUACAAUGAUCAAGUUGAAUAAGUGUGCACACCCCAAAAGUAAUACUUUUAAUACAAAACUUCAACUAUUGAUUUUAUUACACCACUCAGUCUUUUUGGGUAAGAGUUUAACAGUGUGGCACAUCGUGACUUGGCAUCUCGGGUGCACAGCCCGCUUCAGGUCACUCCACAGAUUUUCAGUUGGAUUCAGGUCUGGGCUCUGGCUAGGUCAUUCAAAAACAUUGAUCUUCUUUUGGUUAAGCCAUUCCUUUGUUGAUUUGGAUGUACGCUUUGGGUCAUUGUCAUGUUGAAAAGUGAAAUUCCUUUUCAUCUUCAGCUUAUAAGCAGACACCUGAAGGUUUAGCACUAAAAUCGACUGGUAUUUGUAGCUAUUCAUGAUUUCCUCCACCUUGAUAAAAGCCCCAGUUCUGGCUGAAGAAAAGCAGCCACAAAGCGUGAUGCUACCACCACCAUGCUUCACCAUGGUGUUCUUUUGGUGAUGUGCCUUUUUUUGCACCAAACAUAGUAUUUGGAAUGAUGGAAUUAUUAUACCUUUCGGAAUUGGUCUCAUCAGACCAUAACACAUUUUGCCACAUGGUUUGGGGUGAUUUAAUUGAGCUCAGAUGUUUUUUGUGCGAAAGGGCUUCCAUCUAGCCACCCUACCCCAUAGCCCAAAAAUACGAUUGUUGUCACAUCCAGAGAGUAAUCAUUAUUUGUCAGAUAUUCCUGCAGCUCCUUUAAUGUUGCUGUAUGUCGCUUGGCAGCCUCCUUGGUAAGUUUUUGCCUUGUCCUUUUAUAAAUUUUGGAGGGAUGUCCUGUUCUUGGUAAUGUCACUGUGGUGUUCCAUUUUCUCCACUUGUUGAUGAUGGCCUUCACGGUGUUCCCUGGUACAUCUAAUGUUUUGGAAAUUCUUUUAUACCCCUCUCCUGAUCGAUACUUUCAACAAGUGAGAUACCACGCAUGCUUUGUAAACUCUUUGCAGACCAUGUCUUCAGCAGUCAGAUAAAACCAAGAAGGUGUGAAGAAGAUGUGUUGCUGAUCUCACAAAAACCUGCCAUUUUGACAGGGGUGUUAUCAGGACUUUUUAUAUCCAUUGUAUAUGCCCAAAAUCUCACAGACUUUUGUUGCAAAUUUGCAUAAUAACAAAAGAAAAAAAAUUUUUGACAGCCUUAACUGAAAUACAUGUCAAUACAUGUUGUUAUGAUGUGUGAAAAUGGCAUGUUUUAAAGGCACAACAAAAAAAAUCAUAAUGUAGAUGCAUAAUGAAGUUUUAAGGUAAUAGGGGUUAGGGGAUAAGGUUUAGAGUUAAGGUUGAGUACAAAUACAAUUCUGAUUGAAAUCCUUAUGAAUUCCCACCUGUCUCUGGUUUAGAAUGGAUCUGGUUUCUAUUUUAUGUUGUGUGAAUGUUUAUAAGUGAAAUUCUCCAGCCUUAAAUUCUAAGUGUGUGUGAGUGUGUGUGUGUUUAUGGGAGACACUAAGCAGGUGCGUGCCUGCUGUUUAAAUCUGUCCCAAGCUGUUAAUGCUGCAUAUCUGAAUGGUAAAGCUCCUCUGCUGAAGUGUUAAUGGUGUUAUAAUCCAUAUGUCCCUGUGCACUGUGUAACUAAUUAUCACUGGCAGACACCCUGUCCCUCCUCUAUGCCCUCCAUAAUUUUAAGAUCGUCACAGCUGUUCCCAGCUCUAAAAAUACUCUACAGAGACUGAAUAAUAGGUGUUUUUGAAAAGUAGCAUUCUGUCUGUUGAAUGUGUACUGAAAUGUUUGCCUGCAUUUGGACAGCAGGUCUAUUUGUGGCCUAAUUGUAAUUUGGAAUUGUUUCAUGUCAAUGGCCCUAUUCUGCAUGUACAAUUGCAGCCUUUUGUGUGAACUGAAAAUAGACAAGCAUCUGUUUCAAUGACCUUUCAGCGCCAUUUCCUCAGCUGGCAUAAUGGCAUCAUUUGCAUCACAAAAUAAAGCCGGGGGAAAGUCAUUUAUUCAAUA